CAUCAGUCGGACUGGAUGAGAGACCCGACUGUUGCAGCGCACUUGAGUGUGAAGCCAGAAACAGCUCUACGGCCUGGAAAGAGGAAUUCACGGUGAGGAGGGGCUCUACACGCAUUUGUGUACAGCUGGAGCUUCGGCCAUGGAGAAACCUGAGGAAUCCCACCCCGAGGAGGAAUCGUGGAAGUGUGGUGACUGCGGGAAAGGCUUCCGUGCUCCAUCUGCCCUGGAGAUUCAUCGGCGCAGUCACACCGGAGAGAGGCCAUUCAUCUGCCCCAAGUGUGGGAAGGCCUUCAGCAAUUCCUCUGCCCUUAUGAGGCACCGGUGGGUCCACACAGGGGAGAGGCCCUUCAGCUGCCCUGAUUGUGGGAAGGACUUCAGUUAUUCUUCUGACCUGCAGACCCAUCGACGGGUCCACACGGGGGAGAGGCCGUUCUCCUGCACUGUGUGUGGGAAGGCCUUCAGCACCUCCUCCACCCUCCUGACCCACUGGCGGGUCCACACUGGGGAGAGGCCAUUCACUUGUUCCGAGUGCAGGAAGGGAUUCACUCAGGAGGGCAAGUUGCGGAUGCACCAGCGGGUCCACACUAGGGAGAAGCCUUUCAGCUGCCCCGAGUGUGGGAAGGCCUUCAACGAUUCCUCUUCCCUUCAGACCCACAAGUGGGUCCACACACAGGAGAGGCCGUUCCCCUGCACAGAGUGCGGCAAGCUCUUCAGCAAUUCCUCCACCCUGCUGAAGCACCAGCGGGUCCACACAGGGGAGAGGCCCUUCAGCUGCCCCGAGUGUGGGAAGGGCUUUACCCAGAUGUCCGUCCUGCUGAUCCACCAGCGGAUCCACAUCGGUGAGAAGCCUUUCUGCUGCCCUGAGUGUGGGAAGGGAUUCACUCAGAAGGGCAACUUGCGCACGCACCAGCGGGUCCACACCGGGGAGAGGCCCUUCAGCUGCCCCGAGUGCGGAAAUGCCUUCAGCGAUUCCUCCACCCUACUGAAGCACCAACGGGUCCACACAGGGAAGAAGCCAUUCCCCUGCCCCGAGUGUGGGAAGGCCUUUAGCAAUUCCUCCGACCUGCUGAAGCACCAGCGUGUCCACACGGGGGAGAAGCCCUUCAGCUGUCACGAAUGUGGGAAGGCCUUCAGCGAUUCCUCCGCCCUGGUGAAGCACCGGCGGGUCCACACAGGGGAGAGGCCCUUCAGCUGUCACGAAUGUGGGAAGGCCUUCAGCGAUUCCUCCGCCCUGGUGAAGCACCAGCGGGUCCACACGGGGGAGAGGUCCUUCAGCUGCCCCGAGUGUGGGAAGGGCUUUACCCGGGCAGCCACCCUGCGGAGGCACCAAGGAGUUCAUGUGCCAUCACAGGGGGAUUGAAGGAGCGACUGCCGAGUGCCAUUAUGGACUGGGCUAACAACCCAGUUCUGGAACUCCCAGGUUUGAAUCCCACCGCAGCAGAUCGCGGAUUUGGAAUUCGGUCAGAAAUCUGGAGGUCAGAAUCUAACAAUGAAACCAUCGAGCGGGGUGGGGGGGAAGCCCCAUUCUGAU